AUGCCGCCUCGUCGCUCAACUACGUCCCCAGCUCUCAAGCGCACUCCUUCCAGCACUCCCCGUCAAGGCAAAAUUAGCUUCACGAAUGGCGGCAAGGUAACGAAACCUGCUGCUAAUACCUCUAAACCCAAGAAACGUGCAGCGACUAUUGGCUCUACGAAAACCACCGCUAUCGACGUUGAGGGUGAGGAUGCACCGAGUCAGACUGCUACGCCUCCGCCGUCGAGUCCGGUUCGGGAGGUGGAAAAGAAGUUGAAAGCCGUGAAAGGAAAGAAGAAGGAAGGCGGUGAAGAGGAGACGCGUUUAAACCCGAAAGACCGGGUGUAUGCGCAACUUGCCAACGAAAUCGACGCCCAAAGAAUACACCCACAAAUUCACGCCCAACACCUGACUUCUAUUGACAAAAUCCUCCGCAACUUCGACCUCACGUACAAAUACGGGCCCUGUGUCGGAAUCACGCGUUUACAGAGGUUUGAGAGGGCGGAGAAGAUGGGGUUGGAGCCGCCGAGUGAGGUUGGGAGGAUAUUGAGAAGUGUGGAGGGGAGGGGGGAGGAAGGGUUGAGGGAGGGGGUUUGGCAUAAGAAUCCGUAG